CCUCUCUCUGUACCCGACGCCCAACUUCUGAGCCACGACGCUUCUGCCGAGUUGCUCUCUGUCGCUCCUUGAACCUGAUUCAAUUCGACUAGACGCUUGCUUGACUUGACACUUUUCGCAUCCGCCGCCAGCCCUGACCCCGUUUCCACCUGUUCCCCACAGAUUUUGCGGUAGAGCCCCCCGACCAUUCGUCGGCUGGCAGAGGGGGUCGAAAGAGCCAGGGACUGAGAAAAUUACGAAAUAGGGGACGACAUUACAUUCCCUUGACCAAACCGUUAGUUAGGCUUUCUCUCGCCGCGCCCCUGAGCGAUUGAAACCUACUUCGCUGCAUCAUCCUUUGCGACCUCUGCAACUAAAACUCGCUCAUCCGGAGCCAUCGCCAGUCAGUAUUGCUUGGUAUCUCUACAGUCUGCUGCCCAUAUAGCCGGCAGCUGGUGUAGACUCGCCAUCAACACGACCCACGAUACCAUAUAGACGUGCACGAUAAUGAAUCAACAGCAAGAGGGUUACUUGAACAGCCAAUACGGCACCGUCAACCGGUCGACGAGCUCAUCCAGGCCCGGAUAUGCCACCACCGCCGGAUUCCCAGGCGCCAUGGGUUCCAGCCGUCAAAACCAGCGAGGUGGCAUCGAUGCGCUAAGCCAGCAGAUUGGAGACUUGAGCUUCUACCCCAAUUCCGACGAUCGUUUCAAUUCGUUCAAUUCGGGUGCCUCGCGCUUUGAGAGGUCCGGACCCUCUCCCGUCUCGGGCGCAAAUACUUUUAUGUACGGAAAUGCUCAAGCCUGGAGUUACAAUGGGAACCCUGCGACUAUCAAUGGUGCCAUAACCGAUCCUACUCGGAUGCGGGGAGGUGUGAAUAGGAGGGCACCUCUUCCUACUGAAUGGGCUGGCAUGGGCGAUUCUAACUUGAGUGGUCAAGCACCACCUCUGCAGCAACGCGGGCAAAUGCACCACUAUCCUCAGUCUGUGCAAGGCGUAGGAACCACAAACGGCCAGAUUUACACCGUUGCGCCACCCGGAGGGAAUUUCAUGCAUCCCGAGAUGGGAUCUCACGGCGAUGAUGAUCACGUUGGUGGGCCCGGCUUGAUCAAGACGGCUAUUGUUAUCAAAAACAUCCCUUUCAACGUACGGAAGGAGACCCUGCAGAGUUUGAUGGUGGACAUGAACCUCCCGCAGCCAUACGCUUUCAACUACCACUUCGACCAGGGCGUCUUCCGUGGGCUGGCCUUUGCCAACUUUGCGCACCCUGAAGAAACAAAGGUUGUCAUCAACAGCAUGAACGGAAUGGAUGUGUCCGGUCGCAAACUGCGUGUCGAGUACAAAAAGAUGCUCCCAGAACACGAGCGGGAGAGGAUCGAGCGUGAGAAGCGGGAAAAGCGUGGGCAGUUGGAGGAGCAGCACCGCUCGGUAGCGCCCCUGCAGCACCAGGCAUCCAUAUCCUCGCUGAAUGCCGCUUCCACCGUAUCAGACGCUGCACAUUCGUACAGUAAGCAUCGGAUACCCGCGUACUCCAUGUCAGGAAACGGCGAAGAAGCACAAGCCAGUGAUGGUUCUGGAAUGCUGAUCCAAGUCGCAGGGCCGAGCGAGCAACACCCCAUCGAUCUCAACAACGAAUCUACGCUCAAGGCUUAUAUGGAGCUAUAUAUGUUCAAGAACGAUGUGAACCGCGAGAUCAUGGUGUUCCCGUCAAACCUUACUCCUGAGCAGCGACGCGAUAUCCACAUCCUUUCGCACAAUCUUGGUCUUAACCACACCAGCGUUGGGGAUGGCGACAAUCGACAAGUAGUGGUGCGCAAGCUUUCUUCAGGUGGGAUGGAGAAGGGAUCUCUGGCACCGUCAACCGGAGCCACGCUGGACACCCACCCAAGAGGCCUCAGUCGUGCCGCGACCAUCGACUUCGCCGAACAGUCUAGGGGUGCCCCAUCAGGUACCUACCACACUCAAGCUCGAACAGGUGGUCUGCUUGGAGUUCCUGGCAGUCCGGAUGGCCCGCACGCGAUGAACGGUCUCCGAGGUGUCAAGAGCUUCGCCGAUUUGCGCUCCUACAGCCCUAGCCCUUCGCCCUCUGUUACUAGCGCAUCUAACAUCGGCGCUCCCGGACACAACAUUUCUCUCUUUGGCCAUUACACCACCGACAGCAAUGCUGGAUUCCCACCAAUGUCUGUCCCGCCACCGCCGCAGGCGGGUGUUGAGUCCAUUCACACGGACAGAUUGGGAUCACUCACCCGGGCUGCCUUUGACUCUGGGGUGCCAGUGACCCGACCUAGGAACGAUGGGCCUGGUGCUAUUGGUACUAUUGGUGCUAUUGGCAGCCAAAGGCCUAAUGCCAACGGCAAUGGCGCAAGCAACCGUGCCCCGGAAAGACAGCCUCGAGGUCCCAGUGUAGAGUCUUCUGGGUUCGGAACUCGCACACGACAGAACGGCCACAUGCAGCGCAACAGUGACUCAUCAGACAACGCCCGAACGAGCACAUCCAGCUCAACAUGGAAUCACUAAAUAUUAGUGGUCAACAUCAGUGCCACGCCAAGCUUAUUUCGAUGCGACCUAUUGGUACAUGACGACAUGCACCUUUAUCCCUGCUUCAACCUCGACUGGAUAGACACUCGGCUCGACGAACACAAACAACGGGGUCAUCGCGAAAGCCUCGACGCUCGAGACCACAACUGAAUGACUAGUCAUUCUACUUGUCUCUUAAGCCAUGACAACGUGGCCGAAUUUCGGGCGCUUUUUGUUUCAUCAUUCUCCAGUGCUUGCCAUGUCAGCCCUUCAAGUUUUCUGCCGCAUAAUGACCCCUUAAAGAAUUGUAAUCUCUGCUAUUUGCUUUCUCAAUUUCAGCCGGAGCCGAGUCUUUGUGUCUUUUUCUUUCUCUUUUCUGCUUCUUCCCUUAUUACAGAUCUUUUAUAUCUUUGGUGGUUUUGGUUAUUUCUGCUCUUUAUUUUUUCUUUUUAUUUCUUCUUUGCUAUGUUGCAGUUUCUGCAAUGAGCAAGACGGUCAGGGAGUUUCAAAAGGUCAUGAGGCUUUCUUUUGAUCCCCGUCACGAGCUCCAUCUGUUUGCUUUGGUGCUGGGGACGAUACCAAUGGCCCGGACCGUGGCCUGUACACCACAAUUUCACCACCGAUGUCCUGACGAAGCGAUGAGAAACUCUAUACUAUACCCGACAUCAUCAUUGGUUGACGACGACGAGGAAUAUAAAAAAAGGUGAAGAAUGCAGGAUGCGCCCCGGUGGAGGGCGUGAUGAAAGCGCGUGGUUUAUAGGGUGGAAGGUCACCUGGACGAGUUGAGCUGGGUGAUGAAUUUCAGGGGACGGGGAAAAAAGCAUUUUGGAUACAAGGCGUCACGCUAUACACCUUCUUGGGCAACCAUUCCAUAAGUGCCGUGCGAGAGCGACCCUCGAUCUGGUCGCCCCCGGCAAUAAGCAUCACGAAGAAACGACAGCGCGGAGAAAACAAAACUGCAGUGUUUGAACAGCUGCUGGGCCUCGAAAUCAGCGCAGACCUGGAGCGUGGUGCGCAGAUUGGUCUUGGUCGACUUGUUGCGAGCGUGUGGGGGAUUCUCGGGGUGUAUGACGCGGAGGUGCCACCCCUUUCUUUGCUGCAUUUUGCGUUGGCUUUGGACAUGUUCUUUUUUUGCUUGUUUCACCUUUUUUUUCUUUUUCUUUUUACGAUUGUUCUAAUUCCACGCUGUUAUGAUGUGACGUCUAGAUGGUUAUGUUUUUGUUUGCUUUCUGUUGCCUCUCACGCCCUUUGACUUUGCAUAUCACCUCCUUCCUAAGCUUGCUUUUCAAGUUUGCUGAGCAGGUGACGCUUCAUGCUCUUUUGCAUCGCUUACGAGCAAUGUCACUAGCGUGCUGGGAGUGAAGCAGGAAGCAGCAACUGUAUCAUACACCCAUUCAACAACACCGCCAUACAAGAACGAACACUCUAGACACGGAGCUUGCAUGAUUACUUAAUAAUACACCUAAGUUAUGAGACUAAGAUUUGGCUUUACCUUUUGAUAUCCGAUCGACUAUAGGGCUGUACUUUUAACUUUGGGUUCAAAGCCUCGGAUGUAAAUGGGAUAAGUUGAGACGACGGCCGAAUUUGGAUGAUGAAUGUAGCAAUUUGUUCGAUGAU